AUGACCGUCGCUCACGGCAACUCCGCCGCGGGCGUCCUCGCGCUCCUGGAAGAAGACGACAACGCGCUCAAGGCCCAUGCCCUGCAGAAGCUGAACCUGGUGGUGGACCACUACUGGGCCGAGAUCGCGGACGCCAUCCCGCUGAUCGAGGAGCUUUCCGAGGAGAAGAGCUUCCCGGACCGCGAGCUGGCGGCCUACGUGGCCUCCAAGUGCUUCUUCCACCUGGAGGAGUACGAGGACGCUCUGCGUCUGGCGCUGGGCGCCGGCAAGUACUUCGACCUGAACACGCGCUCGCAGUACACAGACACGAUCAUCGCCACGUGCAUCGACAACUACGUGGCGGUGCGUGCCAAGGAGGACCCGGAGGCCGAGAAGGCGCUGGACCCGCGACUCACGCAGGUGGUGGAGCGCAUGUUCGAGCGCUGCUACGCGGCCGGCGAGUUCCGCCAGGCCAUGGGCAUUGCUCUGGAGGCCCGACGACUGGACCAGGUGAAGGAGUGUCUCGCUCGCUCCACGGACGUGUCGGCGGCUCUGGCGUACUGCUUUGAGAUCUGCAAGACGGUGGUGAGCAACCGCCACUUCCGCCUCAAGGUGUUCGAGGUCAUGCUGGAAGUCUACCGCUCGCGCCCGACCCAGGAGCACGCCAGCGUGUGUCAAGUUUUGCAGAUGCUGGACAACCACGUGGAAGUCGCCAAGAUUCUGGACCAGCUCGUGCGCGGCAGCGACUGCCUCGUCGCGUUCCAGGUGGCGUUCGACCUCAACGAGAACGAGAACCAAAAGUUCCUCAUGAAUGUCUACCACUCGCUCCCGAGUCCGCCAGCCCCCGCUGCCGAACCAGCGGUAGACACGACCACCACAGCUGAAGAGGGUAAGACGGAAGCCCCCGCACCCGCCGAUGUGCCUGCCACGCCCCCGCAAGCUCCUGCUGGAGCUUGUGCUGAUUACUGGGACAAGCUCGCCAAGUUGAAGCAGAUCUUGUCGGGUGAAUUCCUUGUGGACCUGAAACUAGACUUCCUGCACAGCCACAGUGACUCGGACCCGCUUGUUAUGAAGACUAUUAAGACCGCGGUGGAAAACCGCAACUCGGUGCUGCACCACGCUGCUGUGAUUGCGCACGCCUACAUGAACUGCGGCACUACGUCGGAUACGUUUUUGCGCGAGAACCUGGAGUGGCUGGGCAAGGCCACCAACUGGGCUAAAUUCACGGCUACUGCUAGUCUCGGCGUCGUCCACAAGGACCACGUUCGUGAGAGCAUGAACCUUUUGGCUCCUUACUUGCCGCAGGGAGGCAUGACUACUUCUCCGUACUCUGAGGGUGGCGCCCUUUACGCGAUGGGUCUGAUCCACGCGAACAAGGGCUUUGCGGGAUCGGGUAGCAAGACCACGAUGGAGUACUUGCGCAAUGCGCUGAAGAACGCUGGCUCGGACGAGACUGUGCAGCACGGUGCCUGUUUGGGCAUUGGUCUGUGUGGUUUGGCUUCGCACGACUACGAGUUGUACGAGGAGUUGAAGACCGUGCUGUUCACUGAUUCAGCGGUCGCGGGUGAAGGUGCAGGUCUUGCAAUUGGUCUUACUCUGCUGGGCGCAGGCGGUGAGGGUCGUAAUGGUGAGAUUGUGAAGGACUUGUUCGCAUAUGCGCACGACACGAAGCACGAGAAGAUCAUUCGCGGUUGCGUGAUGGGAAUUGCGCUCAUGAUGUACGAGCGCGAAGAGCAGGCUGACGCAUUAAUUGAGCAGCUGACCCGUGACAAGGACCCCCUGAUCCGCUACGGCGGUAUGUACACCGUGGCCAUGGCGUACGCUGGUACGGCCAACAACACGGCUAUCCGUCGACUGCUGCAUGUGGCCGUGAGUGAUGUGUCGGACGACGUCCGCCGCGCUGCUGUCACGUGCCUGGGCUUUAUCCUGUUCCGCACGCCUGUGCAGGUGCCUAAGCUGGUGUCACUGCUGGCUGAAAGCUUUAACCCUCACGUUCGCUACGGUGCCUGUGUGGCUGUGGGCAUUGCUUGUGCCGGCACUGCCAAGAACGAGGCCAUCCAGCUGCUGGAGCCGCUUCUUGACGACGCUGUAGACUACGUGCGUCAAGGUGCCCUCUUAGCCCUUGCCAUGGUUAUUAUGCAGGAGUCCGAGGGCCGCAACCCUAAGGUGGCCGCUAUCCGGGCGAAGAUCAUGAAGCUGAUUACCGACAAGCACGUGACCACGAUGACCAAGAUGGGCGCCAUUCUGGCGCAGGGCAUCUUGGACGCUGGUGGCCGUAACGUUGUGAUUUCGCUGCAGUCUCACACUGGUUUCACGAAAAUGGCCGCCGUAGUUGGUCUGGCCAUUUGGGCACAGCAUUGGUUCUGGUACCCCCUCUUCAACUUCCUGGAGCUCUCAUUCCAGACCACGAUGGCCGUUGGCCUUAACAAGGACUUGAAGCUUCCUCGCGGCUUCGAGCUCACUUGUAAUGCUAAGAAGUCGGCGUUUGCCACGCCCAAGCGCAUGGAGGAGAAGAAGGAGGAGAAGAAAGAACUGGUGGCUACGGCUGUGUUGUCCACAACGGCCAAGGCACGUGCGCGCCAGGCUAAGCAGGACGCUAAGGAGAAGACGGCCAAGCCGUCUGAUGCUAGCGGAGACAUCGUUAUGGAGGAGAAGGCCGACGAGGAGAAGAAGGAGGAGACCGGCGAUGCGAUGGAGGUGGAUGCAGAGGGAGCUAAGCCGGCUACUGGCAAGAAGACAGCGGCGGCAAAGGAACCGAGCGUGUUCACAUUUACGACGCCUGCCCGUGUGACGCUGGCACAGGAGUCUGUAAUCUCCCUGGACACAGCGCAGAGGUACGUUCCGGUGAUGCACCCGGCGCAGAGACUGGCAGGAGUUAUCAUGCUGCGCGACACAACGCCCGAUGAGGCCGAGGAUGUGGAGGCCGUCAAGGCACCCGCUGCCGCUGGCGCGGAAAACGAGGCCGACCCGCCUGAGCCGUUCGAAUGGGAGCCCCCGCAGUAGGUAUGUACGUACAGGACAAGAGAGGCCUCACGCUCGGCGCGCAAACCGACAUGGGGAUCGGGCUUCGGUCAACGCCCGUCGUUGACGAGGCAUCGGUAGCAGAAAGAUGAGGUCAAGACCAACUGUGAGCCACGCACCAACUCGAAUAUAAUUUUUCAAUCAAGCGUUCGCAGUAGCGUGCCCCAUGCGGCC